AUGGCGCGAACAAAACAACGAGUCCCCCUGCAAAAGACGCCAUCGUCAGACGUUAUGGGACGAUUAAGCGACUUGCCAGAAUCUAAGUCCGAACUUCAAAAUGGUCAUUCCACUCUGUCCAAGACGAGCACAAACGGCAGCGCAAACGGCAGCGUAAAACCAAAGCCAGAUGAGGAGAACAGUCCCGGUUUGGUUCAGUUGGCCAUUUGUGUUGGUGGAAUUUAUGCUUCCUUCCUUCUAUGGGGUCUCUUGCAGGAAGCCAUCACAACUACUUCCUAUCCGGUCCACGGCGCCAAAGGAGAAGCGGAAUCAACCGAGCGCUUCACGUUCUCGAUCGUUCUAAAUACUAUUCAGUCAUGCUUCGCGGCGAUCACGGGCUCCCUAUAUCUAUAUUUCUCUACGCCAAAGAAACAGGCAGUGCCAUCAAUCUUCCCCAACCAGAGGAUAUUGUUCCCCUUAAUCCUCGUCAGCAUCUCGUCCUCGCUAGCAUCACCCUUCGGCUACGCCGGCCUGCAACACAUUGACUAUCUGACCUUCAUCCUCGCCAAAUCCUGCAAACUACUUCCCGUAAUGCUCCUCCACUUGACCAUCUUCCGGAAACGAUAUCCAUUGUACAAAUACGCGGUGGUCAUGAUGGUGACGCUUGGAGUCGCAACUUUCACGCUGUAUCACCCCGGAACUUCGAAGAAGAUGGCCGCUUCGACGCACAGUGGUCAAACAGCUUACGGAUUGUUCCUUUUGUUUAUUAAUUUGAUGCUUGACGGCCUCACCAACGCUACGCAGGAUCACAUAUUUUCAUCACCGAGUCUAUAUACGCGAUAUACAGGACCGCAGAUGAUGGUUGCACAGAACUUUCUCGCAACUGUGCUGACGACUGCAUACUUACUCGCCACGCCGUACUUGACGGAUAACGGACCUAUUGUCUCGCUGUUGCCAUUCCAGAUCCCACCCUCGGCUGGCCUGGAAUUAUCAUCUGCCAUUUCAUUCCUGCAAGAUCAUCCACAAGCUCUAAAGCAUGUUCUGGGCUUUGCUGCAUGUGGUGCAAUUGGCCAGGUCUUCAUUUACUAUACUCUUUCUAAGUUCUCGUCAUUGUUGCUUGUCACUGUGACCGUUACGAGGAAGAUGCUCAGUAUGAUUAUCAGUGUGUUCUGGUUCGGACACUCGUUGACUCAUGGACAAUGGCUUGGUGUGCUUCUUGUCUUUGGAGGCGUGGGCGCUGAGGGUAUUGUGCAGAGGCGAGAAAAGAAGGCAAAGGAAGCGGCCAAGCUGAAGAAAAAGCUUUGA